AUGCCAUUUUCCGACCUCCAAAGCCUCAGUCCUCGCCAAACAUCUUCUCCUCAGCCUUCGGUAUAUCCAAAGAAGAUGGUCCGGCUGCCCUCCCCUCUACCUCCAUCGCGGACCACUUCGUUCACCUCGGAAUCUCAAGAAACUCUCAAACCAUACCUCUCUCUCAAAGCCCGUCUCUCUCACACGAUUCUCUCUCUCCCACUCCUUUCCUUGCUCCUCGCUCUGGCUUUUUUCUUAUCGGCCAACAACUCUGCACAAGCUCGAGCCGAGGAUGCAAAGGCGCAGAUCAUGGCGACUUGUAAAGGCGUCGAACAAGGAGUCAGGUUCAUCACGGAUGGCGGGAUGGCGAGGGUCAUGGCGGACAAGAUCAACGAGCAGACGGUGAAUGGGGUGAAAGCGACAUUGCGGGGCGUACAUAAGGUGUUGGAGAUGAGCUUGACGAUAAUCGAAAAAGUCAUCGGGUUCAUGAUAGACAUGUACAGGUCGCUCUUGAUGUGCACGAUCGAAUUCGUCGUCAGAGGCUCUCUGGCCAUCAUGAUCGGCGUGGUCGAGACGAUCACGGACGGGAUCACCACGACUCUCAACGGAAUCCGCAGCAAGAUACAAGCGGAUAUCAACUCUGCCAAUGCCGUCAUCGCUACCGCUAUCAAGGCGAUCAACAGCGUCACCUCGGUGGUCAAUGUCAAUCUCUCCGUCCCGCAGUUCGACAUCCCGUCCCUGAACGGAUUAGCCAACGUCUCCAUACCCACAACUUUCGAAGACGACCUCAGACGGCUCAAUGCGAGUCUGCCGACCUUGGAAGAAUUCAAGGACAUCUUGGAGGAUCUCAUCGCGGUGCCUUUUGACAAGCUCAAGGGCGAGAUGAACGAAUCGUUCAACGAGAUGAUGAGCAAGAUCACCGUGGAGUCCCUUCCGAUCAUAGGGGAUGUCUCCAACUCGACCAGCACCUCGCUCGAGCGCCGUGCAGAGACCGAGGCGUACGACCUGUGCGGCCAGAUGGAUACCUCCUUUUUGGACGAUAUCGCCUCCUCGCUUUCCCGUCUAGCCAAAAUCGCCACCGGCUUGCUCGUACUCGCCUUCCUGCUGCUUUGGUUCGCCCUAAUCUUCUGGGAAUGGUACACCUGGAAACAGAUGAACGAGCAGGCACAAGAGGUGGAGGAUCUGGUGGAGCGGGAGAUGGCCGAAGGCAGACGCGUGGAUGGGUUGCGGAUGGUUCAGAUGGUCGAACAUCCGGUCGUCGAAAAGUAUGGAGGAAAGGUGGUCGGAUUGUUGACACGGAAGAACGAGACGAACAGUAAUUUGAGAUGGUUCCUCGCCUACAUCACUCACCCGCCUGCGCUUCUACUUCUGGGCUUCGGCAUCCUUACCUUUCUCACCAUGCAAAUCCAACUAUCCGCCGUUCACGCUAUCAGGGAACGUUCGUCUGCCGAGGCCAACUCGGCCAUUGCCGAACAGUCUCAGUCUCUCGGGGUCGCCAUCAACCAGGCCAUGCUUCAACAGAGUGGCGAUUAUGCGACCGAUAUGAACCUGGUCAUACAAGGUUGGCAGGAGGAUAUCGAUACUACGAUAUUCGGGCCCUGGCUCAAUACGACGACGGUGACUCUGAAUACGACUCUGAUCGAGUUUUACGACAAGGUGGAACAAGUCCUAAACGUCACCUUCGGAAACACCAUCCUCGCCACAUCCGUCAACAACUUCGUCUACUGUAUCCUCGGAUCCAAGAUCGACAACAUGGCCACCGCCCUGACCUGGAUCAAAGACAACGCCAAGGUCACCCUGCCGACCUUUAACGCCGACAUCCUCAUGCUUUCCAACGCGACCAUGGAUUCGGUCGCUGACCCGAUCGCCAAGGCUGCUGCUGGAAGCGGGUCUUCCGAUGGCGAUUCCGACGAUCAAGGUGUCAUCGGAAAGCUCUUCGAUCGAUACGAAGACGAAUUGAGAAAGCAGCGCAAUAUCGCGGCGAUCUUCAUCGGACUGUACGGCAUCGUCAUGUUAGUAGGGCUGGCGGUCUUUAUCUGGCACUCGUGGCUCAAGCGACCAUUCGCUCGAUGGAGGAUGCAACGACGAGGACUUGGCGAGCACGACGAGAAACCGGUUCAUACGACCAAUCGUCCGACCGAGGCGGAGAAGGCUGUGCAUCUGGGCCCGCCAGUGACUUCUGAGCCCGGACGCCAGCUUUAUCCGGGACAAGGCUACAAUCACAGUCAACAGUCAUUUUUCGAUGACUCUGACCAGCUAGGCGCUUAUCAGAGCAGCUCACCCGGUCAUCGUCACGAAAGGUCUGGACCUAGUAUGGCAGCCAGAAUGAGAGCUUUGUCUCCGAUCCAUCGCAGCCCCGUCGAGGAUGACUAUGACGAACCGAUGUUGCCUCCGACCGCAGCUCGUCCUGAAGUUCAGUCCUCGACUUCCUGGCAGGGCCGCCUUGGCAACAUGCUCGCGUUACCGACCUUUGCCUCCAAACUUUCGCGCAAGACGUCGCAAAAGAGCUCCAAGACCGACGUAUCUUGGUCCGGAACGGGUUCAAGUCCGGGUCCUUCCAGGAUGUUCCAGAUCAGUGGUCCCAGCGCUCUCGGCGGAUACGGCUCCCAGCAGGUGCCUUCGGUUAUCAGCAAGCCCGUCCCCAGCCCGCUCCAUCAGAACCCCUUUUCGCUGGGCGACGAGGACGAGGUUGGCACCCCCAUUGCGGCCCGAUUUGCGCAGCAUCGGACGCGAGCAAGCUCCGACCAGAACCCUUUUGCUGGGAGGUACGUAUGA